AUGUCUAAAUGCAAGGCAAAUAUGCAUGUUGUGUUUUUAACAGAAUUGAUUGUCUUUAUGUGUGAGGGAUCACAAUCAGUAAAUCUGCCUCCAUGGAUAACAUCAGUGUUUGAGCAAGAGUAUUACGUUCCAGCAAAACAUCCUACCCCUUUUAAUCUCCAGUGCAAGGCAAAGAAUGGGAUUAUAAGCUAUCAGUGGUUUAAGAAUAACGUCAAAUUUCAAAGUAAUGAUCGAGUGGUUGUCAAUGAGCAGAGUGGGGAUAUUACCUUUCAUAACCUAACAAAAGAAGAUUUCGGAAUAUAUUAUUGUGUAGCCGAAAAUAAGCAUGGUUCUUCAGUAUCCUCGUUCGUUAAAAUUCUUGAGGCAGCUCUAAAUGUCUUUAGUGGGAACGCACAUGGAAAUAUUACAUGUAAGAUAUUUCAUCACUGCAAGAUUCCCUGUUCCAACCAGCCAAAUUGUCAACCAAUCAAUGAGUGUACAUUUUUAUGGAAAAGUGGGAAAGGAACAGGAAAUACCAUUAAAACAAAUGAAAACGUAAUAAUUGAUAGUAAGGGUGAUCUUCAUUUUCUGAGUAUCAACAGAUCCUACAACAGAAUUAAUUUAAGCUGUGGAGUAUGGAAUAGAAUCCUAUGGAGAUUUGUGAAGGGUACAGCAUAUACAGUUAGAAUUGAUGAGAAUAAUGAUACAGUUACUUCCAAAGCUAUUUGGAAAAACAACCCGAAGGCUAGAAUUGGAGAAAAUGCAACGUUGCAAUGCAUUUUUUCUGGAAGUCCUGUUCCGAACAUUGACUGGUUACUAAAAAAUGGAUCUGUUGUAAAACCUAAUUCAAAAUACCAAAGUAAAAACAACGGAAGACAUCUCUUUAUACGGAAUGUAACAUUUGAUGAUAAUGGUGUCUAUACAUGUGUUGCCGACAAAAGCAACUUGACCAUGAAUUCAUAUCUAAACGUUACAACUCCGCCAAUUUUUGUUGAUGUUGGUAAUCGUUUCAUGAUGAAGUUAAUACAGCUCUCACACAUGGAAGAUACAGAAAUUCGAUGCAAUGCAAUUUCGGCGCCAAAUGAAUCUGAACCUGUCGUUAUUCUAUGGAUGAGGAAUGGAAGAAACAUAAACAAAGAUCCGUUAUAUAGGUUUUCAGAAGAAAAGAAGAAUAUACAUAUAGGAACCAAUGUUCCAAUUUCAGAGAAUGGAGACUGUUUCACAUGUAUUACAGAAAACAGCGAAGGAAUUGGAGUUGCAAAUUUUAUCUUAACUUUUAAAGACAGAGACUAUGGGAUGAAAAAUCAUCGAAAGUGUUUAUAA